AUGUUGAGGGUGGCACCUCGUCAACCGCUUUUUGCACCUUAUUUGGCACGCCAGUUUCAACAAUCAACUAUCAGCAAACAACUCAAUGAACUGAGUCAAGCGCAAAAUGAAGCUAAACUUGAAGCAGAAAAAGCUCGUCUUGAUAAACUCACAAAGGAAAGAGAAGAGCGUCAACGAUACAAGAACAGAACCGCAACGUACUACACUACCUCCCUAGGCAUUGUUUUCCUUGCAUUGGCAUUCUGUGCUGUUCCUGUUUAUCGUGCUAUUUGUCAACGUACAGGAUGGGGAGGUAUCCCAAUUACUGAUAGUACACGAUUCACCCCUGACAAAUUAGUUCCAGUUGACACUAACAAACGUAUUCGUGUGCAGUUUACUUGUCAGUCUUCUGGUGUUUUACCAUGGAAAUUCACACCUUUACAAAGAGAAGUUUAUGUUGUUCCUGGUGAGACAGCAUUGGCUUUUUACCGUGCGAAAAAUAUGAGUAAGGAGGAUAUUAUUGGAAUGGCUACAUAUUCCAUUAUACCUGAAAAUGCUGCUGCUUAUUUCAACAAAAUUCAAUGUUUUUGUUUUGAAGAGCAGAGAUUGAGUGCCGGUGAAGAAGUUGACAUGCCUGUUUUCUUUUUCAUUGAUCCUGACUUUGCCAAAGAUCCAAACAUGAGAAGUAUAGACGAUAUUGUUUUGCAUUACUCAUUUUUCAAAGCAGCCUAUUCUGAUGGUGAAUUAUCUGCAGUGCCAUCUGGAAAAUUGGAAUUAAAAGCAGAGAUGGUGCAGUGA